CGCCCCUUUCUUUUGUUGUUUUCAAGAAAAUGCCAUCGUUGAUGUCGGCUGCUGCCAAAAUCACCAAAACAGUGCUUUAGACUGCUGUAAGACGUUGUUAAGGAAUUCAUUUACGUGGAGAAGUUAAGGAAAAUAUCGAAAUGGCAGCAGACAGUGAUCUCCCUACGAACUAUGAUGUUAUUGUCAUCGGAACAGGGAUGACUGAGUCUAUUCUUGCAGCUGCUGCAAGUAGAGUUGGUAAACAGGUACUUCACAUUGAUAGCAAUGAGUAUUAUGGUGGUCUCUGGUCAUCCUUUAAUUUAGAGAACUUGAACAAAUGGGUGGCAGAUUGCGAAAACAAAGAAACUCUAUCUUCAGAUCUUGAUGACCCAAAUUCUGAUGUAAAAAUUAAUAAUGGUGAAGAUUUUGUAUUUUUAAGAAGCCAAGCCACUCAUGUGAACAAUGUUGAUCUUAAGUGGCAUAUUCCAAAGAAAUCAGGUGAAAUCAAAGUGGAACAGUGGAGCAGGAAGUCCCAGACAAGUGAUGAGGAAGAACAAAUUGAAGAGGUUGAGGUAUCUGAGUCUUCUAGCACCAAAGAAACUUCCACUCGUACACAUACCAACAGUGAAUCUGAAAAAAUGCCUUCAACCCAAUGUACCCAAAAUAGUAAUUGGACACAGGAAGACAUAAUGAGAGAGUACCGCCGUUUCAAUAUUGAUUUAGCUCCAAAGCUCCUGUUUGCACGAGGAUCACUUGUGGAACUCCUUAUAUCGUCUAACAUAGCUCGCUACACAGAGUUCCAUGCUGUCACUCGUGUACUUACAUGGCUUGAUGGAGAACUCAAUGUUGUGCCUUGCUCAAGGGCUGAUGUGUUUGCUACACGGCAUGUAUCUGUUGUUGAAAAGCGUAUGCUGAUGAAAUUAUUGACUACCUGUAUGGACACAGAAAAUUUGAUUCAAGAAUUUCAAGGUUUUGAUACCAAGACAUUUCUAGAUUAUUUGAAAUCCAAGCGUCUUACAGCACACCUCCUCCAUUAUGUCCUCUAUGCUAUUGCAAUGGGAACGGAUAGUACUCCAUGCAUGGAGGGAGUCGAGCGUACUCAACGCUUCCUGAAUAGCCUGGGCCGUUAUGGAAAUACACCAUUUUUAUGGCCUAUGUAUGGUACUGGAGAACUACCACAAGCCUUUUGUCGUUUGUGUGCUGUGUUUGGUGGGACCUACUGCCUGCAACACCCAGCCAAGGCUCUGGUUGUAGCUGAUGACCGUUGUGUUGGUGUUGUCUCAUGUGGUCAGCGCUUAGCAGCAGACCAUGUUGUUAUGAGUAUUUCUCAAGCUCCCUCUAAUUAUUUUGAUGAUUCACCAGUGAGCGGGAUAUCACGUGCUGUCUUCAUCACGAACAAAUCUAUAAUGCCAGCAGAAAAAGAACCUCUCACAUUCCUCCAGUUUCCUCCUGGACCAAACCACCCAAACCCUGUCACUGUGAUUGAGGUGGGACCAUCAACCCACGCGUGUCCCAAAGGACUGUUUUUGGUUCACAUGACUUGCAAGCAGAGCAAAUCAGCAAGGGAGGAUUUGCUGGAAAUUGCUGAACAUAUUCUUACUGUAGAUGAUGUAAAUCCUAGUGAUUAUGACAUCACAACUGGUACCCAAUCAACUCAAACUGUGAAACAGGAGUCAAAUUUUGCCCACUCGGAGGCACGAGGUGGAAAUGGUGAUGAAGCAGCAACUGUUCGCACCAAACCACAAGUACUGUGGUCGAUGUACUUUGACUGCCUUGAAACAUCAAAGAGCAACUUAAGUCCCAGUGUACCGCAGAACCUACAUCUAUGUUCUGGUCCUGAUUUAGAACUUGAUUUUGAAUUUUCUGUGCAUCAAGCAGAGAAAAUUUUCAAACAGAUGUAUCCUGAUUUAGAAUUUUUGCCUCGGGCUCCUGAUCCAGAGGAAAUUGUCAUUGAAGGAGAUUCUCCGGAGGGAAAUGAUCAGGAAGCAAAUUUGUUUGAACUUGUUGAUCAAGAGGACCCUCCAUCAUCUGGUCAACAAGUGAUUGAAAACCCAUAAGAUUUUCUUAACCAUUGUCUCAAUUCUGUACAUUUGAGCAAAUAUGCUACACGUGCAUUCAAUCAAAAAUUUGUAAUACUUAUUUAUGAUGCAUAUGCAUUGGACGAAAACUGUUUUAUUGAUUUUGUGUUCAUAAUGUUUUGUCAUAUUUCUCAGUUCAUUCAAUCUCAGUAUUGUUAAAUGGAAACCAUGAAAUUAUCAUCUUCAGCUGAAAGCUAAAAAUAAUUACUAGUGUCACUCCCUGGGCUUCAAAUAAUUUUAACAAUGAAAUUUCAAAAAAAAAUUCUGUCCUUUUUUGUGGUUUUUUGUGACUGCAAAUUUCUGAUAAGAGAUUGAUUAAAACCAUAUCAAACAGUUUAUGGUACUUUGAAUCUGCUCAAUCUCAGCAAAGUGAUACCAUAGUCCAUGUGGCCCAAUUCCAACAUAUUGUCAUGCUCUCUUGAGAAUUUGAGACAGUUACAUUUUUUCUGUGAUAUGUCAAAGAUUAAUUUCUCUCUGGUUUUGAAGAAGCUUGCACAUAUCAUCCAAGUGUGGCACCCUAAACCUACGGUUGUGUUGUCAUUCUAUUCUUGUUUUUUAUAAUUGUUCAUGUAGUUUUUAAGAAUACUAUUAUAGGCAUUUAGGAUAUUUAUUUGCUAAUAAAAAUUGACAUGCUUCUUGUA